CUGGAUGUAGAUGUCAGGGACCUCAAGUACACGUUACUGACACCCCCAUCUGACACAGAUGAGAAUCGCUCUGUGGUCACUGAAGAGAUUAUGCUGCCCGAUAGUCCUGAGACACCUGAUACGCGUUUCACCCAAGUCCAGAUCAACGACCACAAGGUGGCAUUGCCCCCGGAUCAGGAGCUGGGGAUCGAACCAUGAGUGGUUCAGUUUGCAUUCCUUGUAGAAGGUUCGGCUGACGAUUCUUUACACGGUACCUUGACUCUCUUUCUGCAGGCAGUGGACAAGCAGCCACCGCGGAUCACCAAUACGGGUUUCACUGGGCUUGAAGGAAACAGCUUCCAUCUUACCAGGACACUGGGUGCCACAGAUAUGGAGACGCCUGCAGACCAGAUUAUCCUCACUGUAACUCAAGCUCCGAAGCAUGGCCAUCUACAUCGUCUGGAAGGAGGUCUGAUGGUGCCAGGGGAAUCUUUCCUGCUAGCUGAUACUGCUGGUGGGCACUUUUCCUACAAGCACAGAGGCAAAAAGUUUUCCAGUGACUCUUAUCAGCUGGAAGUGAGUGAUGGAGUCCAUCAUGUGCCAAUCACAGUCCAGAUUGCUGUGCAGCCUGUGGAUGGUGAAAACCUGGUGGUCACAGGUGGGUGGAAGCAGCCAUUGAUGGAAAAAGGUGCUACUGAAACCACUACAUCACAUGAGGAUACAAAUAAAUUGGUGCUGAUCUUGACUGUGCAGGAUUCACCCAAGCUUGGGAACUUCCCUGUGGAAGAAGGACAAUCAGAAAAGUUUACCCAGCAUGACCUCAUCAGUGGAGCAGUAGUCUAUGCUCACACCAGUGGAGAGAUUGGCUUGAAAAAGAGGUAGGAUUCCUUCAAUCCCACCAUUUCUGACCCCUCCAGUGAGCAUGUGGUGAGAGGCAGCACAGUACAAAGGAUGUGGCUGUAACUAUUGCCUGUGGGUAGCAUUGCACCUCAGGUAAUGGCUGCAGCAGAGCCCCUCAGAGUCACAGAGGGUGGGAGGUGUACUUUAACUCUGGGUCAGCUGCAUGUGGAGGACAUAGAUACUCUCAGGGAUGACAUCUUGUGUAUUGUCACCAUUCAGUCCACUUCAGGAUAUAUGGAGAAUGUCUCCCCAGCCCCAGGGUCCAAGAAGUCUAGAGCUGGUACUGCUAUUAGUGCUUUUUCCAUCAAAGAUAUUUGUCUGGGCCAUCUCAACUAUGUGCAGAGGAUUCACAAAGGAGUGGAGCCUGUGGAGGACAGAUUCACUUUCCAGUGCUCUGAUGGUGUUAACUUCACCUCACCCCAGUUCUUGCCCAUCCUCACCAAUGAUGAAAAGCUAGAGCUGCUUGUGCUUGGAUUCAUGCUGUUGGAGGGGGUGAGCCUGGUGAUUGACACCCCCAUUCUCAAUGGAGCUGAUGCAGAGAAGUCUCCAGAUGAAUUGUGUUUUGUUGUCACUGUCCCUCCUAAGCAUGGCCAGAUUGUGCAGCAGCUGUCCACAGGCUUGUUGACAGCUUCACCCUGGAGGAGAUCCAGGAGGAGAUCCAGCACUGUGUAUGAACAUGAUGACUCUAAGGCUAAAGAGUACAGCUCCAAAGAGUACACUGAUGGACUCCAAACACUGGAGCAGAAGAUGCCAGUUAGGGUGAUCCUGGUAGAUGAUGAGACCCCUAGGAUGGCAAUCAGCAAUGGUCUGGAGGUAGAUAUUGCCAAGGCAAAAGUCAUCUUUAGUCAAGACUUGAAAACCACAGACACUGAUUCAGAGGACAAGAGCCUUGUUUAUGUCAUCCAUUUGGUGCCUGUGCAGGGCUCCUUGCAGCAUCUGAACAGAGAAGAGGGAGUGCUGUUCAACAGUACAGAAGGCACAUGUUCUAAACAAGAUGGUUUAGAACAUGGUUUUAUCCACUAUGUUCAUAUUGGCCUGUGUAGAGUGCAGGAUCCGAUUAAAUUUGAUGUUACUGAUGAUAUUAAUGCCUUGAUAGACAGAUACUGCUAUGUUACCAUUGGUGGAGACAUGGUCUUCCCUCAGGUGAUCAACAAGGGUGUAACUCUGGAAGAACAUGGAAAGAUGACACUCACUACUGAUCUGCUCAGCACAAGUGUGCAUUUCAGUGUCACUUGGUCCCCAACCUGGGACCAUUUAGAGCAUUCAGACAGUCCUAGAGUACCUGUUGUUUCAUUUAUUCAACUCCAAGUUGCUGACAACAAGGACUACACUCACAUUGCAGAGGAUGAGAUAAAGAUGGACAGGUUUGAAUUUGAAGUGACAAUGGGGUAUAACCCAGUCUUUCAUACCUUCAGGGUCUCCAUCACAGAUGUGGACAACAAAAAGCCAAUUCUAACUCUUGGUGACCUGAUUGUUGAGGUAGGGGAUACCAGGCUGCUCACCCCUUCUGAGCUGAUGGUGGAACAUGAGGAUACACCUGAUCAUUUACUCCUAUUCAUGGCUCCUCAGGUUCUAGUGCAUGGCCAGAUUUUGUACAACAGCAGCUACCCAGUCAGCAGCUUCACCAAACAGGAUUUGAAUGAGAAUCUUAUCAGCUACAAACAUCAUGGAACAGAAACCAGGAAACUGGAAGACCUGUUGCACCAACCCAUUCCCCAUGGCUGGCACUUUGUAUUUUUGGCAACUUUACAGCUGAAAAAUCUUCUUUUAAGAGGCAGUAGAGUAAUGGGGAACAAAGCUGUGACAAGCUGA